CCGCAGGACCUGCAAGCCGCCCGCGCCAUGGUGGUGGUGGCCAUCGUCUUGGCCGUCCUUGGCACCCUGCUCGCCGUCGCCGGCGGCAAGUGCACCAACUGCGUGGAGGAUGACACCGCCAAAGCCAAGGUCAUGAUCCUCUCCGGCAUCAUUUUCAUCGUCGCCGGCAUCCUCAUCCUCAUCCCCGUCUCUUUGUCGGCCAACACCAUCAUCCGGGACUUCUACAACCCGCUGGUCACCGACUCCCAGAAGAGGGACCUGGGGUCGUCCCUCUACGUGGGCUGGGCGGCCUCCGCGCUCCUGCUGCUGGGGGGGGGGAUCCUCUGCUGCACCUGCCCCCCCCGGGGCGAGAAGCCCUACUCUGCCAAAUUCACGGCC